GAGAUGGUAGGUAGAGGAAGGUAUACUGAAAGAUGCAGAGCCACUGUCUGUAGCAAGAGCCUUCAUUCCCUCAGCAUGCUGUCAGGCGGAACAAAGCUCAGAUUGGUUGCAGGGGCGGUGGAAGGAAGUUCACCUUGAGCUGCAGGCACAGGUCAACAGUUUGGGGAUUUUAAAUGCGCACUGACCCCUCGCCGAAACUCAACGUUCGUGCCAGGACUGACCUCACUUAUACGUUUGGAUAUAACGCACUGAGGGAUCGGCUCCAGACUGUCGGUGGAUGCUGACAAACUUCCGCCCGGGGAACUUGAACAGUCCUGGAUCCAUCGUCAUCUUGAAGUUCGCACCGGCUUGACCUCCUCGGGUGACGUGGCCAGCAUGUCUGAAACAGGAGGGCGAGUACACAACAAAAAAGCUGGCAUUCGGGCUGCUGUCAUCCUCAUAGGACUUCUGCACAAGUCUCGUAAAGCCAAGGAGAGAGAGAGGGAGCAGGAGGAGAGUGAAGGGAAACAAGAGCUGCUCAACAUCUCCACAGUUCCUCUUGGAGAAUGUCCGCCCUCUCCGCCGCGCACUGCGCCGCCCAGCAUGAAGUCUGCGGAAUUCUUCGAUAUGCUCGAGAGAAUGCAGGUCCCCAAAGCUGAAGAGACCAAAAAAUGGAAGGACGACUAUAUCCCCUAUCCACGCAUCGAAGAUGUCUUAGAGAAGGGGGGGCCAUAUCCGCAAGUCAUCUUGCCACAAUUUGGAGGGUACUGGAUCGAGGACGUAGAUGCUCCUGCAGGGACGCCAUCGUCUUCGGAGUCUAGUUUCUGUGAGGAGGAAGAUGGAGGGGAGGGCAUGAGUCCUGGUGGGGGGCACAGCUACAGACUGGAGUGCAACAGUACAGCAAGGGCCUAUCGUAAACACUUUCUCGGCAAGGAACACAUGAACUACUACUGUACGUGCAGCAGCAUCGGGAACCUCAUCAUGUCCUUGAAGCACGAAGAAGCCGAGGGUCAAGAGUUCUUGCGCAUCAUGCUGAGGUCGAGGACCAAAACCAUCCACGACAGAAUCUCUUUAGCUGGCAUCACUCAGCUGCCCAGCGUUCCUCAGAUCGCGAAGCUUCUUUGUGAGGAUGCCACCGGAUUGAAGUUCAACCCAGUCCUGUAUCCUCGGGGCUCCCAGUUGAUAGUCGCCUAUGAUGAACACGAGGUCAACAACACCUUCAAGUUUGGAGUCAUCUACCAAAAGUUUGGCCAGACAUCAGAGGAGGAGUUGUUUGGGAACAAUGAGGAGACGCCGGCCUUCCAAGAGUUUCUGAGUGUUCUGGGGGAAACUAUUGAACUUCAUGAUUUUAAAGGGUUCCGCGGUGGGCUGGAUGUAUCUCACGGGCAGACUGGGUUGGAAUCUGUCUACACCGUCUUCAGACAGAGGGAGAUUAUGUUCCAUGUGUCAACCAAGCUUCCCUUCACCGAGGGAGAUGUCCAGCAGCUCCAGAGAAAAAGACACAUAGGAAAUGAUAUUGUCGCAGCAGUGUUCCAGGAAGAUGCCACGCCUUUUGUUCCAGACAUGAUCGCCUCCAACUUCCUGCACGCCUACGUUCUGGUGCAGGUUGAGAACCCGUGCACAGCCGACACAACUUACAAGGUGUCUGUUACUGCCAGAGAAGACGUUCCUCCAUUCGGACCGGCUCUACCGAACCCCGCCGUCUUUAAGAAGGGUCCUGAGUUCCGUGACUUCCUGCUGACAAAACUGAUGAAUGCUGAAAAUGCCUGCUACAAAUCUGAGAAAUUUUCCAAGCUGGAGGGGAGGACACGAGCCGCUCUGCUGGACAACCUCCAUGAUGAGCUGCACAGACAGAGCCAGGCCACUCUGGGUCUGGGCCAGGCAGGGGACGAGGACAAGCUGGAGAACGGGGGACACGGUGGUCUGCUUGAGUCCUUCAAGAGAGCCAUGCGCGUCAGAAGCCAUUCCAUGGAGACUAUGGUGGGCUCGCAGCGCCACAGAAGCCCGGGUGUAGGUGGCGUCCCGGCCAGUUUGAGCGGGGGAGGACUGCCACAGAGCACCAGCGAGUGCACCAAGUCCACCUUCACUCCACCUGUGUUGUCAGCCAAGUCUCCGCUGAAGAGUCCAGUGAAACGGCGCUCUGCCCUUUUCCCUCGUCUCCACUCCAGCACGGAGUCCCCGUCAGACAAACACUCUCGGGACCAGAAGUCUUUAGAUAUCUGCCCGUCGUCUCAGGACGUGAGAUCGGAGACGUUAUCAAACCCCAGCUCUCCUGAGAUCUGCCCCAGCAAAGAGAGGCCGUUUAUCAAACUGAAGGACUGCGGUGGUGGCAGACCCAACAUCUCCAGGUCUUCAUCCAGCACCAGCAGCUUCAGCAGCACCACCGGGGAGACAGAAGCUCUGGAGGAGCUGGAGACAGGCGGCCACCCCUCGAUCACCUCCUCCUCCUCUGCCUUCAGCCCGUCUCUCAGUGUGGACGGUUCGGUGUCAGGCACGCCGGUCAUCAUGUGUCGCAGCCCAACAGAUGGUAAAAACAAGACGUCGCCCAGAUCCAACUUGAAGUUCAGAUUCGACAAGAUGAGCAACUCAUCCACAACUUCGGAGUAACUUCGGAGGGACGACUUGCUCUCGACCACCCGGGCUGCUGUGGAGCUGAAACGGAUCCCUGCUCAUGAAGACGUAAUACCUGUUGCAGCACUUCCCUGAGGGACGUCAGUUCUUCUCCUUGUUUAUCAUGGACCACCAGGCAGGCUCAUGCGCACAGCUAGCCGUCGCUGGGUAGCUAGCGUGUUACGAGUGGCUGCGAAAGUGUACAGGUGUACAUCAGUGUCAAAUCUGCUUCUGAAACGCUGCAAAUAUUCAGUGUCUGUGAUAUCCAAAUUUGCCCUUCUAAGAGAAAGAUGUUUCAUUUUCAACGCAGCUCCUAACAUGCGAGCAGCACGGCUGCACACCGCUGCGUGCACCUGCUUCUCUGUACGAUCAUGAAACACAUCCAUUCAGCCAAAGCUGCGCCUUACAAUCGACACCGAGUUCUCGAGGACGAUCAUCCUGUGGAACCUGGCUCCAGCACACACACCAUCUGUGAAAAUAUAGACCCGCAGCACACCUCCCGCUACAGCUCGCUCUCUCACCGGGGUUUGAUGAAGUUCGGGAGUUUUAAAUCUCCUCUUUCGGGAGCUGAUAACUUGAAUCUGGUCUAUUAUUUGUGCAAAAAGACUCUGAAUGUCUAUUUGGAGCUUGGUUUUUUUUUGGUCUUUUAUUUAAAGCAUAGUGGUUUUAAAAUUGCUUACAAGCACAACAGGGCAGAGGUUUUGUCGUCAAGUACCAAAACAUUCACUUUGAGCUGCUAGAACUAGAGGGCGAUAGAGUUUUGGUAUCUGCAUCCUCAUACCGAUACGAUGGACGCCGAUAUGUCUGCCAUGUUAGACUGUUUUAAGAUGCUGGCUCUCUGUGAGUGUGCAACACAAGCUGUGUUUUGACAUGUGAAGCAGGUCUUUGCCCGCAGAAGAUGCCCUUUUGUUUAUUUUAAUUAAUUUAUUUCCACUUGUUUUUGCAUUGAUGUCAUGUAAAAAUGUAACUGCAGAGUACGCUAAUGACUGAGAAAUAUAUUAAUUUAAAAAAGAUGUCUAUGUAUAUUUGGUUAUGUAAUGUGCCAUCGAGAAGUUAUUCUAAAAAAAAAUAAAAUGUUGUAU